AUGCCUCUUCCUCCCAGCGGCACCAAACCCUCAACGACCUCUCCACUCCCGGGCAGAAAACCCAGCACAACAACGCCGACGAUCCUGCCUCCCCCACACCUCCCGCGAUCCCUCACGACGCAGAUGCACGAGAACAUCUACACGCUGCCGAACGCGCUGACGUUCUCGCGGCUGCUCGCGGCGCCCCUGGUCGGGUACUUUGUGCUGCAGCACGAGGCGCUGAUGGCGCUGGGCCUGUUCGCGUACGCGGGCAUCACGGACCUGGUGGACGGGUGGCUGGCGCGGCGGAUGGACGCGCAGACGGUGGUCGGCACGGUCAUCGACCCGAUGGCGGACAAGAUCCUGAUGACGACGUGCGUGGUGACGCUGACGGCCAACGGCACGCUGCCGCUGUGGCUCGCCGUCGUCGUGCUGGGCCGCGACGUCGCCCUGGCCAUCUCGGCCAUCUACUUCCGCUGGAUCUCCCUGCCCCCGCCCAAGACCUUCACCCGUUACUGGGACUUUUCCCUCCCCUCGGCCGAGGUCCACCCCACCGAGAUCUCAAAGAUCAACACCCUCCUGCAGCUUCUGCUGGUCGGCAACGCCAUGCUGCUGCCCGUCCUGCCCGCGGCGUUCGUCGACGCCUGGAACCUCUGGGGCGUCAUGGAGGGCUGGUACUACCUCGUCGCGAGCACGACCGUGUGGAGCGGCCUGAGCUACUUGGGCAACAAACAGGCCGUGAGGAUUUUGACGAGCGAGGAACAAGCGCACAAGUCGAAAACAACACAGGGAUGA